AUGGCAUCCGCGUUCGAAGGCUCUAGUUCGUAUCCUAUAGUCAUCUCCGACGACGAGAACGAGGUAUCAACCGACGCGGUACACUCUACUUCGGCAGCGAGCAAGUCGGAUGUGCCAAUUGCGGACCCGCAUACAAUGCAAAACGCUGGAAUCAAACGCAAACGCGACGUUGAAAUACAUGCGGAAGGGUCAACAUCGGCUGAAAGACCGACAUCCAGGAAGCACGAUUUGCAGGUGCAAAAACGAGCAAGGAACGCGGAAAUAUCGCCGCAGCACUCAGAAGAACGACCGCCAUCCCCAAACGAAACGAAUACCCGAAGACCUUCACAGCAAGAUCUUCACAACUCGCAGGAUCGCGUGGCGGACCCUGGUGCAGGAGUAAAUUCGCACUUAUCAUCAGGACCUCCAGCGCAUCCUACGUCUAGCAUCACUCAGACUGGUCUCUCAGAAUAUACGGCCCGACCUGGCGGAACAACUAUCAACGGUACCCAUGGAUCGAACUCUGCAGGUUCAAGGGCUCUACUACCAAACCCCCUGACGCCGAAUGCUCCUCUAAUUAGUGGGCAUACACCGCCCGCGGAAGGGAACUCUAUGGGAGCUGCCUCAUUCGUACACCAGCAAGCGGUUUCACUUUCACAGACAGAUACGGCUUUCAUGGGAGGUAUCGCGGGCUCUUUCUUUCCGUUACUGCCGCUACCGUUUGCGUUCCCGCCUAGCUCUGGUCCGUCAGUUGCCGAGUUACAGAUGCAGACGGCUUUGCAACAUCCAUUAGUACAGGAAGCUCUCGUGCGAGGUUUCCAUAUGGCACUGGAGGCAAUGAAUCUUGCUGGUUUUCAAGAGGCUGCUCGAAUCUUUGCUGGCAGCUUGCCAUUCAACCCCGGUUUCGAAGUUCCUGGACCACUCGUGCAGGAACCUGGACCUUCUAUACCACCUCACCAGCCGGCGGCCUCCGACGUCCACUCACCGAUAAGCGGCCACGACACGGCCGUUCCUUCCGGGCCAAAGGUCAAGUUAAAGAAGGCAAUGUUGUCCAUUGGCUUGCCGACGGUCGCGGACACGGACGACGGCCUCUUUCAGCCUAUCCAUGGGACGUAUGGCUACGAUCGCGGAGGGAAGACUCGCACUCAGCGGUACCACCCCGACCCUUCUCGGACGCUGGUUAUGGAGGCAAUCCCCAAGAAGGUCCGGAACAUCAAGUUCCUUCGAUGGUGGGUCCGCCACGCGGUACAUUUUGGCCUCUACAACAUCGAACAUCCCGACGAGCCGAAGUCACUCCCGGAAUAUCCCACCAGUGCACGGCGAGUGGAAGAGGUGCUGCCUUGGCAUAUGGAACUGAACGACCGCGGCAAGGCGCUGCUAGAGUUUCCGACGCGCGAGACGGCCCAAGCUGCGUUCAGUAGUCCGCGGAUGACGGGCAACGACGGGAAGACGGGUAUUCGCGUGCGGUGGUACGCGCCCCCGCCCGACAAGUGGGUGCACCAAGCACCACCCGCGGUUCCAGCCUCCCUGCUAACCCUUGGAGAUGCCAAGGGAAAAGACGUUGCUUCCGGUUCCUUAGCACAGGAGCUAACGCUGCUAGAGCCUCCGGCUGCUCCGCGUCAGGACGUCGGUCAUCCGGCCCCUGCUAUCGGCCAUCCUAUGGACACCGAUGAACUCGAGGAAGGAGAAAUCGAUGAACCAUCAUCGACAACCGCGGUCGCAGACAAAACCACGCUGGCGAAGGCGAAGAAGGCGCUGAAAAGGCAGAGGCAACGCGAACAGAAACUGCAGAAAAAGCUGGAUGAGGCAACUGCUCAAGCUCAGAAUGGUCAUUCCUUGCCCGAGGCUAUCCAGGACGGAGUGGGCGUUGGUCCGACCCCUGAACGUGGACAAAGCGUUCAGCGGGGUAGCGGCCAGGAUGUGGCCACUCUAAUAUCACCUGCAACCGCUGAUGGCGCAUUGUCGGUGGCCUCGCACGCCAGCCACCGAGGUGGUGUUUUUUCUAUAUCUACCCCCGUGUCAUCGUCGUACCCUCACCCUCCCGGUUCCGCCACGAAUCCACCUCCGUUAGGUGCUCCAGGACAUCGCCCACCUACUCUGACCCAUUCGCCAACACACUCCUCGACCGGUUCCACCUCCGGAGCCCCAGCUCGAGACGUUUCAUACACGGAUCUAGCGACAUCCUCCAUGGCGUCACCUGAAUUGUUUGGUAGUUCAGCCAAGGUAGUGGCGCAAGAUAUAGGCGAAGAUAUGAAUAUCGACCCUGCGGACGCCCAGUCCAUAGCAUCCUCUCGCGGUGUCUCACCUGUUCUUGACACGUCAGGCGAUCCCGCGGGCGCCACAUAUGAGAUGGAAAUCGAGACACAAGCUCCUCCACUCAACUUGCCGGCCAACACUGGAGUGCGACCGCCCUCCACCUCCAGUCAUACGCCGCCAUCAGCACCGAGAGCAAUGAAGAACAUCCCGAAAGGCCCUACCUUCCUUCGCCGCAUGAUGCAGACGGAGCAAGCCACUGGAGGAGGUAUUCCCUCUCCCUCCCCCGACACCAGCACACCUUCAUCGAUAGUGCCGUCUACAACUGCUGAUGCUAGAGCACACAUGGAAGACAACUUGAGGCGUUUGGUCCUGGAGAGCAAGAAAGCGCGUUUGCUGCAAACGCAGACCGCUUCUCCUCCUGGAUUGCGACCAACGAACGAGGAGUCGGCCGCCGAACAGCCCCUUACCGAAGCAGACACCAAACUCCCAUCCGAGUUAUCCGCCAAUUCCAUGGACAUCCUUGCAACAACCUUCAUCUCUGAAACCAUACAAACCCUGCAAAAGCCCGGAAUGUCAGGCGCUAUGAAUGAUCCUCGUCAAGGAUCUCCCGCAGCCAAAUCAACGCUUCCUCGCCCAUCGUCAGCCUUGACUUCAGAAUUGUCGGAACUGGCCAACAAGCAAAAGCAACUUGAGCAGCACAUUGCGGAGACGAAACAGCUCAUGGCGCAGCUCGGUGCUGCGAGAACAAAGGAGGAAAAGGACAAGAUCCUCGCCGUACUACGCCAGCGCAGCCGCGCGAUGGAUGCGUUGUCAUCGUCUGCAGCUCCCGCAAGGAGUUCCACUCCAACGCCGACCUCUUCUACAUCAUCGGCCUUCAAACCGUUCUGCCCCGAACCCACAGCAGAUUCGGGUAUCAUCAUGGUCAGCGACGAUGAAGACUAGCCCAGUCGCAGUUUGAUCGCAGAGAUCGGUAUCUUGUGUUGCCCAGUUCCG